AUGCAGCUCUUUGUAUAUGCCCAGGAACUACAUACCCUGGAGGUGACUGGCCAGGAGAUGGUCCACCAGAUCAAGGCCCUGUCCACUCUGGAAGUAGCUGGCCUCAUACUUGGAGGCAAAGUCCAUGGUUCCCUGGCUUGUGCUGGGAAAGUGAGAGGUCAGACUCCCAAGGUGGCAAAACAGGAGAAAAAGAAGAACAAGAGCCGGGCCAAGAGACGGAUGCAGUACAACUGGCAUUUCAUCACUAUUGUGCCCACCUUUGGUAAGAAGGGCCCUAGUGCCAACUCUUAA